UUUUUCGUUAAGGCGAUUACAGUACUGCAAACCACAAUACUUGUGUGAACCUGUACGAGACAAAUUGAUUUAUGUUAAAUUUUACUAACUAUAGUAUACAAGGUGGUUAUUAUCGCAGUGAAAACUUUAUGUAUGGUACUUCCUAAGCGAUAUCAUCGCUUUUAGAGUGAGUUAUCUUCUGAAGAAGCUAUGUUAAGUGGUUGUCACUACACUUACACACUUUAUUUCCGUUUAACUCUUUGAAACACAUUGCCCCUGUUAGUGCUUCCGAUUGCCUUUCCAAGAGUCUACUCCCAACUUAGAGACUUUUGGAUUUGGAUUACACUAACUUUCUGUUGCUGUUAGGUGGUAGGUUUUUCUGAAUAAGUCCAAGUGUGAACCAUAAUGGAAAAUAUGUUUUUAUGACUUUCUUGAGUCUCUUUAUCUUGAAAACAUUAAUUUAAUUAAAUGUGAUCGUUCCAUUUUUAUGCAACUAAAUGUAUUGAAUGUUCACGUAUCAGAAGAUAUAUCCAAUUUUUGACAUUGCCACUCGGAACUCCAUAUAAUUUAAAGAAAAUAUUUAUCUCUACUGAAGAUCAGGGAUAUUGCGUGACAGUCUGCCUCAACCUCGCAGAUAUUAGACCAUUGAAACUGGGAAACAAAGAUUUUAUAUACUCGAUCACAAGUACUCUCGAUGUGGUUGGUUGGCACUUAUAUAGAACCUGACACGAAUAUAUGUCGGCCAAACUUGCUGUAUUACAUAUCAGCAUAGUGUGAAAUGAAAUUGACGGAAUGAGAAUUGGAUCAAUUUCAACUACAGCAGAAAUUUAAUCAUUGUAGAGACUCCGAAAUAAAGGAGAAUUAAGAGGUAGUAGUAACACAAUUCAUGAUUGAAAAAAAACGGUAUAAGUGCAACUUCAUUACUGUGAACAUGGCGUAUUAAAUUAAUGUAAUUUGUUUAUCAACUAUACGUCUAUGUAUUUUCCUUUGAGUCAUAGAUCUUAUCUGAACAUUGCUGAAACUACUGUAAUUAAAGUAAAUAGUUCAAACCGGCAACAUAAUGACAGAAUGUCAAGUAUCCGUGCUGUAUGCAAAUUACUAUGUCAAGAAAUUACGCCACAUAAAGCUUUUAACUGAACAUGUUUUGCACUUGCCGAUGUAUUGUUAAAUUUGUAGUAUUAUCAGUCCUCUCAUGGCUCGGAACCUUCAAGGUCUUCUUCGCCUUGCCGUUGAACAUUCUGAAAAUGCCGCCACAAAACCCAUGGACCCAAAGGAUGCCGAAUGGUUGGAUAAAGCACUAAGUGCAUCAACUGUCGACUUGAGUAAACAGCUGACUAACGAUGUCCAAAUGUUAUCAUCCCAUUUGUCAUCGUCGGAGCCCGAUUUAAAUGAAACGAAGAAUGUCAUUGAAGAUUUGUUAACACUGACUGAAGAUUUGGACUUGUCGAACGAUUUUUUGAUUGUUGGAGGUCAAGAUGUACUACUCAAACUAUUAUUUUGCGGCCCACCUUCCUUAAGAAUAGAUGGAUUGAAACUAUUAGCAAAUAUCACUCAAAACAAUCCUCGAGCUCAAAGUUUGUACACUGAAAACGGCGUCCUGGCUCGACUAAUUAUGCUAUUUGAAGAAGAGACAGAUCUAGAAUUUCUGAGACAUCUGUUACUAGCCAUAUCCUGUACCAUACGAGGUUAUGUGCCAGGAAUUAAUGUAUUUGUGGAAUCAAAGGGUGUUGAUCUUGUCCUCAGUGUACUUAUCAGAGAAGUGAAAAUAGGAAAAUCAGAUAAAGCAUAUCGCUUAGUUUCCAAAGGUGCGUUCCUAGUCUACUGUGUUCUGCAGGAACUUGCUUCAAAACAUAUACCAUCUGAAUCUUCGUCCAUCGUACACAAAGUGAUAGAUCUAUUAUAUCUCCUAGACGAUCCACAGGAGCACCUACUGGCUGCUUUAUCAUUUCUCCUCCGUCCAUUAGGUAGUCACUCAAGUUAUACUACAAAUAUACAGUCCGAAGAAUCGUACAAAUCAUUUCCUAGUUGGCUACAACGGCACUUAGACGAGCUUCGCAAAAUGAAUGACCCAGCUGAUGAAGAACGUCGCGACUAUAUAGAUUGUUUGCUAAAGGUUUUAUCUUGAACAAAACUUGUUUCUACAUCGUUAGGAUUUCUAACAAUGUAACUGUGGCAGGAUUAUAAAUUUCUUUGUUAAAUACUUACAACCUUUAUUGAUG